AGAGAGAGAGAGAGAGAGAAGAAAUGCUUUCUGGCUCCUUUCUCUCUCUUGGUCUUGGCGGCGCGGCCGCAGUAACAGUAGAGGCGGCGGCGGCAGCCACAGCAGUCCCGCCAGCCAGCGGGCUGAUGCUGCAGGCUGCUGGGGAGUGGGGAGUCAUACGCACAGGGGAGCUGGAGGGGCCAAGGUGCAACUCGGAUGGGACAGGCCCCAGCCUCGGAGAGAUACAGCUCCCAACUUGGUGCUACCCUCCAGCUUCUCCGGACUCGGGGGAUGGAUGCAGCCACAGCUCCGAAGCAAGCCUGGCUUCCGUGGCCCCCACUCCUUUUCCUGUUCCUCCUACCUGGAGGCAGCAACAGUAGCUGCCCUACUGUGUGUGACUGCACCUCCCAAACCCGGGCAGUACUUUGUGCCCACAGGCGACUGGACACUGUCCCUGGAGGGCUUCCACUGGACACAGAGCUCCUGGACUUGAGCAGAAACCGCCUGUGGGGGCUUCAGCGGGGCAUGCUCUCCCGACUGGGCCAGCUCCAAGAACUGGACCUCAGCUACAACCAGCUCUCUACCCUUGAGCCUGGAGCCUUCCAUGGCUUACAAAAUCUACUCACCCUGAGGCUUCAGGGCAACCGACUGAGAAUUGUGGGUCCUGGGAUCUUCUCAGGCCUAUCUACUCUCACACUGCUGGACCUCCGCCUCAAUCAGAUUGUACUCUUCCUAGAUGGAGCCUUUGGUGAGCUAGGCAGCCUCCAGCAACUGGAGGUAGGAGACAAUCACCUGGUGUUUGUGGCUCCCGGGGCCUUUGCAGGGCUGGCCAAGCUAAGUACCCUCACCCUGGAACGCUGCAACCUCAGCACAGUGCCUGGCCUAGCCCUUGCCCAGCUCCCAGCACUAGUGACUCUCAGGCUUCGAGAACUGGAUAUUGAGAGGCUGCCAGCGGGGGCGCUUCGAGGUCUAGGGCAGCUAAAGGAGCUGGAGAUCCACCACUGGCCAUCUCUGGAGGCCCUGGACCCAGGGAGCCUGCUUGGGCUCAAUCUGAGCACCCUGGCCAUCACCCGCUGCAAUCUGAGCUCAGUACCCUUCCAGGCACUGCACCAUCUGAGCUUCCUCAGGGUCUUGGAUCUGUCUCAGAAUCCUAUCUCAGCCAUCCCAGCCAGAAGGCUCAGCCCCCUGGUCAGGCUCCAGGAGCUCAGGCUGUCAGGGGCCUGCCUCACCUCCAUCGCUGCGCAUGCCUUCCACGGCCUGACCGCCUUCCACUUGCUGGAUGUAGCAGACAACGCUCUUCAGACCCUAGAGGAAACAGCCUUUCCUUCUCCAGACAAACUGGUCACCCUGAGGCUUUCUGGUAACCCCCUAACCUGUGAUUGCCGCCUCCUCUGGCUGCUCCGCCUCCGGCGCCGCCUGGACUUUGGCGCAUCCCCCCCUGCUUGUGCUGGCCCCCAACACGUCCAAGGGAAAAGCCUAAGGGAGUUUUCAGACAUCCUCCCUCCAGGCCACUUCACUUGCAAACCAGCCCUGAUCAGAAAGUCAGGGCCUCGGUGGGUCAUUGCAGAGGAGGGGGGCCAUGCUGUUUUCUCCUGCUCUGGAGAUGGAGAUCCAGCCCCCACGGUCUCCUGGAUGAGGCCUCAGGGAGCUUGGCUGGGAAGGGCCGGGCGAGUAAGGGUCCUAGAGGAUGGUACACUGGAGAUUCGCUCCGUGCAGCUGCGGGACAGGGGAGCCUAUGUCUGUGUAGUCAGCAAUGUGGCUGGGAAUGACUCCCUGAGGACCUGGCUGGAAGUUAUCCAAGUCGAACCACCAAAUGGCACUGUCUCUGACCCCAACAUCACCAUGCCAGGGAUCCCAGGGCCUUUCUUUCUGGACAGCAGGGGUGUGGUUAUGGUGCUGGCAGUGGGUUUUCUCCCCUUCCUCACCUCAGUGGCCCUCUGCUUCGGUCUGAUUGCCCUUUGGAGUAAAGGCAAAGGCCGGGUCAAGCACCACGUGACUUUUGAUUUUGUGGCACCUCGGCCUUCUGGGGAUAAGAACUCUGGGGGUAACCGGGUCACUGCCAAGUUAUUCUAAUCUUUUCUUCCAUACUGAAAACUCCCCGAGUCCACUUCAGAAGCCAAAGGGAAAGGCAGACUAAAGUCUCUUGAACCAUAGCUUCCUGUCAAACAACAUAGCCUCCCACACCUGUGGCCUGCAUUCCAAGAGCUGCUCUAGCUGAGGACAGCAAUGGUCACCUCUUCACUUUAUAGCCAAGACAGCCCCCAUUUGGCACCCCCACACCAGGCAGGAAAGGAACACAAGGCUCCAGUCUGCUUUACACACUUACAUACUCACAGACUCACACACUUACACACUCACACACUUACAGGACCAGCUGCUAAACACAACCUUGAGAUUAUCUCAGAAGUGGAGCUGGGAAGUACCACAAACAGCUUAAAGUCUGCUCAUCAUGCAGGCAUUUUCCCUUUCUUUUCUGCUACCCAGUGCCAAAUUCAGUCAGCGCCCCUGGGUGCAAUGAAGUAGAGUCAAGGAUUCAGCAGAUGCCUGGGACUGUGGCCUGGCUAUUUCUGGCAUUCUGCCUGCAGGAGCCUUGGCCACCUCCCUGACUGUCAGAAGCCACCAUGGUGACAUGAUCUCUGGGACUUUAUUUACUUCUAUCUACUUCUUCCCCUCCCAGCUUCCCUCCCUGUUCAGUUAGCGGUCAUCUGGCUCCACCUAACCAAGCCUGGCACAAAGGGUGACCCCUCACCCAAAGGCCUGCAGAGGUCAGCCCCCCAUCUCUCUAGAGCCAAAGAAGGCAAGAUUCCCCCACCUUUGAAGGGAUCCCUAUGCAGCAAUCUCCUGUUUCACAUCUUCAGUCUUCCUAGUGUUGCUGAUCCCAAGAGUGCCUGGCAAGGGGAAAGCCACAAGGGAACUCCUAGGGAAUGGCCAACAGACACAGAAUGCAUCUGGGAGCAAGGACGGGGAGCCCUGUAAGCCACUGUGAGAAGUGGAGGGAAGAGGGCAGCAGCUGCCUGGAUGCUUUCCACCAGCCUUGGCUCCCUCGGCUGGAUUUAGUGUGGCCCUGGUGGGAACCUGUCCCUGGAUAAAUGUGGAUAAAUGUCACCUCAAAGAGCAAGCGGAGUGAGAGGUAGAAUUGCUGACUGCGCACAGUGUGCUUCCAACAGAGGACAGAGCCCCAAAGCACAGAGAUGCUGGGAGCUCUAGACAGUGACAGCAUCAGAAAGGGAGGAGGAAAAAGGAGGCAGGGAGAAGGGGAGGAGAGACUGACAAAUGGAGUCAUGCAGCCCCAGGGAGCCUUUUUCUCUUGGCUGCAGCAUCUACCCAAUGUCCUUAGUUUCCUUCCUCCUUGCUGAGUCCCUGCCCACCUCACAAAACACCAUGUGCUUUCUAGUGGCUGCUGUUGCCCUUGCUAGGAGGAGACACCACUUGCUGCAAGAUUCCUAUCUCAAGCUGUCCCUGGCCCGGAGCGCAGCUGGAGGCCCUGAGCCAGCAAAGCUGGACUGAGAGGACCCAAGCACACAAGCACUUGGGAGCGCCAGAAGUGGCUGUAAGAGUUUAGGUGUUUAUAGAGCAAGGCUGGAGAAAAGGACAUUCCUGAAACCCCAACCUCCUCCAUGCCCUCGCGGUCCAAAGAGCAAUUCUGCAACCUCCUUUUCUCCCUCAUCUACCAGCAGCUCAUCAGGUUGCCACCUGGGAGAUGCCUGUGGAUUGCUCCCCACUCCCCCUAUUCUGAGAUUUGUACAUGCACCAUGUGUGUACUUGGUGCCCACAGAAGCCAGAAGAGGACAUUAGA